CAAGUGGAUCAGGCAGCGUCUUUUGCACGUGCUCCUGCCACCGCUAGAGAGACGUUGAGACUGAUGCUCCGUAAACAGAAGAGGAGCCAAAUUCACAGCAGUCGCAGAGACUAAACGUUGACGUCUUUGUUUUUAGCAGUCAGUCUCACGUACCACUAUGAAGUACAUCCUGGUUACCGGUGGUGUCAUAUCUGGUAUUGGUAAGGGCAUCAUUGCCAGCAGCAUUGGAACAAUCCUCAAGUCCUGCGGCCUUCGUGUCACAGCGAUCAAAAUCGACCCGUAUAUCAAUAUUGAUGCUGGCACCUUUUCCCCUUAUGAACAUGGGGAAGUUUUUGUUCUCGAUGAUGGCGGGGAGGUGGAUCUAGACUUGGGAAACUAUGAGCGUUUCCUUGACAUCCGUCUCACCAAAGACAACAACCUCACCACUGGAAAGAUCUACCAGUCAGUCAUCAACAAGGAGAGGAGGGGAGACUACCUGGGCAAGACUGUACAGGUGGUGCCCCACAUCACAGAUGCCAUCCAGGAGUGGGUGAUGAAACAGGCCAAGAUCUCAGUCGAUGAAGAUGGUGUGGAGCCUCAAGUUUGUGUCAUAGAGCUGGGAGGCACAGUGGGUGACAUUGAGAGCAUGCCUUUCAUUGAGGCUUUCAGACAGUUCCAGUUCAAGGUGAAGAGGGAGAACUUCUGCAACAUCCAUGUCAGCCUGGUACCGCAGCCCAGCAGCACUGGAGAGCAGAAAACCAAACCGACCCAGAACAGUGUCCGAGAGCUCAGAGGGCUGGGCCUGUCUCCAGAUUUGAUUAUGUGCCGCUGUGCAUCACCACUAGAUACGGCUGUUAAGGAGAAGAUCUCCAUGUUUUGUCAUGUGGAGCCCACACAGGUGAUCUGUGUCCAAGAUGUUGCCUCAGUCUACAGAGUCCCUCUGCUGCUGGAGGACCAGGGUGUUGUGAACUUCUUCUGUCAGCGGCUAGACUUGCCCACUGCGACGAGGCCCAGGAAGAUGCUGUCAAAGUGGAAGGAGAUGGCUGACAGAUCUGCCCGUCUCUUGGAGCGUGUCUCCAUAGCACUGGUUGGGAAAUACACUAAGUUAACUGACUCCUACACCUCCGUUAUCAAGGCCCUUGAGCACUCAGCCCUCGCCAUCAAUCACAGAUUAGAGGUUAAGUACAUAGACUCUGCAGACCUGGAGACUACCACUCUGCAAGACGAGCCAGUGAAAUAUCAUGAGGCCUGGCAAAAGCUCUGCAGCUCUGAUGGUGUGUUGGUACCAGGAGGCUUUGGUGUGAGAGGGACAGAAGGCAAGAUGCAGGCUAUUAACUGGGCAAGGAAACAAAACAAGCCAUUCCUGGGAGUAUGUUUGGGCAUGCAGCUGGCAGUGUGUGAGUUUGCCCGCAAUGUUCUCGGAUGGGAGGAUGCCAACUCCACAGAAUUUAAUCCAGAAUCCAGUCACCCUGUGGUGAUUGAUAUGCCAGAGCACAACCCAGGACAGAUGGGGGGAACUAUGAGGUUGGGGAAGAGGCGGACCAUUUUCAAAUCCAACACCAGUGUACUGAGGAAACUGUACGGACAUGUGGAAUAUGUUGACGAGAGGCACAGACACAGGUUUGAGGUGAACCCUGAGCUGAUACACUACUUUGAAAAAAAGGGCCUUCAGUUUGUCGGCCAGGAUGUGGAAGGAGAGCGAAUGGAAGUCAUUGAAUUGGAGGAUCAUUGUUACUUUGUUGGAGUGCAGUACCAUCCAGAGUUCACCUCGAGGCCCAUCAAACCUUCUCCUCCAUACUUGGGUCUCCUGUUGGCUGCUGUUGGAAAACUCCAGGGCUACCUGUCCAAGGGCUGUCGCCUCUCUCCACGGGACACUUACAGCGACCGCAGCGGCAGCAGCUCUCCUGAGACGGACAUCUGCGAGCUGAGGUUCCCCUCUUUGUCCCCAGAAUAAAGCACAUGUAGUUGUUGUGGUUGUGUAACACUCUUGCAGAUCAAUGCAAGGCCCAGAAAAAAAAACUGGUCCGUAAAAUCGUUUUUACAACACUGAUAGGUACAAUGUCUUGUUACAGUAAUUUAUACUGUAGUGAAUAUAUUAUGUUUAUAGGUAACGGGAUGUCUUGCUGUUAACGCUGGGGGGGUGAAGAGUUGCUGGAAUAAGCAGAAGCUGGGAUGAAGUGUGUGUGGGGAAUUUUGCAGAAUUUUUUGUAGGAAUGAAAAAAGAGUGGGGUGAGGAAUGAAUGGUAAAAUAUCGUAUCAUCAUCAUCAUAUAUUUGUGAGGAGAUGGAUGGUUUGGAGUCAGGGUCUGUGCAGUCGGUUUUCUUUUUGAGGCGGCCGUCCUGUAAAUCAAUCCAAUCCAGUGUAUGCAAACAUUAUGAUUUCGUACAGUUUGCGUCUUGUAUUGCCAAAAUUUGCCCAUGUAUCAUGACAAACACAUCCAGUGGUCUUUUACUGGCUGUUUACAGUAUACCCUCCUAUCAGCCAAAAAGCUAUGAUAUAGGAAUAUGUAGGAGAGUAUGUUCACUCCCUUCAUGGUAACCUACCCAUCUUCCUCGAAAUACACUCACCUCAUCAGUUACCACUACAAAACUGGACACAUCAUUGAUGGAUUUACCUAUUUGACUUAUCUGUUAGUGUUUUUUUUAUAGUUUUAUGUGUUUCUGCUUUUAGGUUUAAUACUGUCUUACAUAUCUUAACUGUCAUUCAGGGUUACUACAGAAAAGUGAGUAAGCUACAUGCCACUCUGGUUUCAAAUAAUCUUGUACUGUAUUACAUGGGGUGUGCAUGCAAAUCUGUACGAGUCUGAGAUUAAACUGGACCACAAUGGGGGUGCUUUGUGCUUUGGUAACUGUGGGAUAUAUGUAUAUAUAUACACACAUAUAUGAUGUUAUUUGUUAUAGGGUAAAUUGCUCAGGCAUUAGCCGAUUUCACAAGGACAAUCGUUUUUAAUUUUCUCAUGAAAGCCGUAAUGGUUGUGCACUUUGGGGUGUUACUACUUUAAAGUUGUUAUGCCUUAAACCUGAACUCACCAGUUCUGCUUGCAUGGCUUUUAUGUUUGAGACCGGUUUGCCUGCUGACAUCAGCAAACAUGGUUAUGAACCGCAUUGCCCUUUGCUGCGCUAUCUGUACCAGAACUUCCUAAAAUGAGUUAUAUACUCAUGCACAGUCAUCUGACAAUCCGGCCACCUUAAUGUGACCCUUGAGUCAACAGUAUUAAGUGAAAAAUAAGCCUGUCAUAUAAAACUGAUGACUUAAAACUAAAAAAAAAACCUAAAUAUUUGAUCUCCAAACAUCAGUAGCAGCCAAGUGUAAAUAAGCGUCAAGCCUCCAAGUUGCAUUUUCACUUGGAGUCUUGACAAAUUUAGUGGACCACGAUAGUUAAAUCAUUGCUGCCAGUGCCUUUUAUUUAUCUGGUGACCCAGAUGUACGAAAAACAUGCUGUAUUUUUAUAUUUAUGAAGUUUGGAUGCAUGUGUGAUGCAUAAUGGAUGUUUAUUCUGAAUAAAUAUGCUUUUAUUCCUCUUGAUAA